CGUUACGGUAACGGUUAGAAGUCGUACUUUUACAGACAGACCGAAAGGGGAGAGCUCCUGCUGCAGACAUCUGAGUUAACGCUCAUCCUCUCCUUCAGACAAUAGAUGAAGGCGCUCUGGCGCAUGGGACUAUAACCACCAAACGAAAACGCAUUUUGUGUGAUUUUUUCCCCCCUCCGCGCGCGGACCGUGGAGCGCCGUCGCAGUUUUUACAGCUCCUGCUGUGGUUUGGCUGUGAGGACAGAACCCUGUUGGUGGCACGGCUAGACCAAAGUCUAAGAUGCCCUAGGCGGAGAAGGGACAUGUAAAUGGCUUCCAAAGUAAAAGAUGCUGUAGUGUGGUACCAGAAAAAGAUUGGCGCGUAUGACCAGCAGAUAUGGGAGAAGUCAGUGGAGCAGAGAGAAAUAAAGUUCAUUUCUUUGGGCUUGAGGAACAAGCCAAAGAAAACCGGACAUGUGAAACCAGACCUAAUAGAUGUGGACUUAGUAAGAGGUUCAGCUUUUGCUAAGGCUAAACCAGAGAGUCCAUGGACGUCUCUGACCAGGAAGGGCAUCGUCAGGGUCGUCUUCUUCCCGUUCUUUUACAGAUGGUGGAUCCAGGUCACCUCCAGAGCCAUCUUCCUGCUCCUGCUAGCUCUCUAUCUGCUGCAAGUGGCAGCAGCCAUCAUGUAUGUGAGCAUCCCCGAGCCUCAUGGGAUACCAGCCACUGAGGUGUUUGGAGCCAUCUGGCUCAUGUUGCUGCUGGGGACUGUCCACUGUCAGAUCGUCUCCACCAGGACCCCAAAGCCCGUCUCCAGCAGUGGGGGGAAGAGACGCAGGAAGUUGAGGAAGGCAUCUCAGAUGGAGGUGCAUAGGGAAGGAGACGGGUCUAGCACUACCGAUAACACACAGGAGGGGUCGCCACACUCCCAAUCAGCCAGCACCACAUACAGCCUGGGCGCUUUCUUCCAAGAUUUCUGGCAUGAUAUCUGUAAAGCUGGAUCCAAGAAGUCCAAGCUUUCCAUCGAUAAAUCCACAGAGACGGAUAAUGGCUACGUGUCGCUUGACGGCCGGGUAAACAAUCGCAGCAGCGAGGAAGGUCUUCAGCUCCACGAGCAGAGGUGUGACUCUCUGAGCAGAGCGGAGGAGGUGGGCUGGAGCUCACGCAUGGCCCCCCCGCACACCCACACGGGCCGCAGCUCAGGACUGCUGCUGGUCAGCAGCAAAAAGGAGCCCAUGUCAGAUGAAGCAUCAAGUGAGGAGGACCCAGAAGUCUCCUACAGCGCCCUCCUGUCCCCCCACAGAGGAGUUGAACGGAUGAACAAUGACUGUACGCUCCGAAACCGCAAGAGUACGCAUCACUAUAAGAAGCACUACACGGUGGAGGAUGUCCCAAAGUCUGGAACCAGCUGCAGCUCCAGAUGUUCUAGUCUGAGGACUCAUGACUCAGAGAGCACUCGGCAUGAGUCAGAGACUGAAGACUUGAUGUGGGAAGACUUCUUACACUGUGCCGAGUGUAGAUCCUCCUGCACAUCAGAGACCGGUGAGAACAAACACAGAGCUUCAGUCGAGCUCAAAGGUAGUGGUUUGUUAAUGCUGUUGUUUGCUUCAGAGGGAGAAGCAGCAGGAACUCCUGCAUGUCCUCUCAACAAGAAGGAAUACAGGGACGACCCUUUCCAUCAGGGUCACAUUCCCUGGCUGCACAGCUCCAACCCUGGUCUGGAGAGAGUGAGCGCCAUCGUGUGGGAGGGAAACGAGUGCAAGAAAGCAGACAUGUCUGUUCUGGAGAUCAGUGGCAUGAUCAUGAAUAGAGUUAAUCUGUACACUCCGGGUAUCGGCUAUCAGGUCUUUGGGAACCUGGUUUCUGUCACGCUGGGACUCACGCCCUUCGUUUACAGGCUGGCUCAGUACUGCGACGUGGACCAGCUGACCUCGCUCUCAGCAAACGAGCUGUUGUCUGUGGCUUUUGGUGGAGGCUCGGGAUCAGAUGCUCUGGUUAUUACCAUGGUUACGCUUAGCUUCCUGGUGCGGGUUUGCCUCAUAUGGCUCUUCUUCUUUUUGCUGAGUGUAGCAGAGAGAACCUACAAACAGAGGCUUCUUUUUGCUAAACUGUUCGGCCACCUGACGUCAGCCCGCAGAGCCAGGAAGUCUGAAGUCCCACAUUUUAGGCUGAAGAAAGUUCAAAACAUCAAAAUGUGGCUGUCUCUGCGCUCCUACCUCAAGAGACGAGGUCCUCAGCGUUCAGUGGAUGUCAUCGUGUCGUCUGCCUUCCUGCUCACUCUGUCAGUCGUCUUCAUCUGCUGCGCCCAGCUGCUCCACGUCCACGAGACAUUCCUGGAGUAUCACUAUAACUGGGAGCUGGUGAUCUGGUGCUCCAGUCUGUCUCUGUUCCUGCUCAGGUUCGUCACUCUGGGCUCAGAGACCAGCAAGAAGUACAGCAACACGUCCAUACUGCUCACUGAACAGAUUAAUCUGUACCUGAAAAUGGAGAAGAAGCCAAACAAGAAAGAGGAGCUCACGCUGGUUAACAAUGUUUUAAAACUGGCCACCAAACUACUCAAGGAGUUGGACACUCCCUUCAGGUUGUACGGACUGACCAUGAACCCCCUGCUCUACAACAUCACUCAGGUGGUCAUCCUGUCUGCUGUGUCAGGAGUCAUUUCUGACCUCUUAGGAUUUAAUCUGAAGCUCUGGAAGAUCAAAUCAUGACAGCAAACAGAGAAACCACCAUGAUUUCAAUUUGCUGAAAGAACAUCUGUCUCAACAUUACUGUGUGCUCUGACCUUCAUUGUUCUCACUUUGUGCAAUUCACAAGUUAUUUAUUUACCCACUCAGUGUUUUUUUUAUUUAGGGCUUUUUCCAAUUUUAGUGUUCUUUGACACAAGACAAGCUGUAUUUACCUGUCAGCACAAAGAGCUAGUAUUAAAUUAUUGUCAGUUCAAGUUGUCGCCUGCCUUUGAGAUUCUGUUUUUAGCUCAUCGGCAAAUUUGAAGUCAUAGUAUUGAAAUGCUGAUUGAGCAACAGUUAUUUGUUUUUUUUUUAUCUGCCACAUUUUCAGUUUUGUUAUUUUAAAAAUACUUUCACUCACCUGUUUGUGUUUGACGCUGAAAUUGUCACAACCGUCUUCACAAAGGUUUCAGUCCGUUAGAUGUUAACUGUAAUGACAGAAUUAUGCAGGAAAUGUGAACAAAACAUGCUGGUCUUUGAAACAUCACUGCUAUUUGAACAUUUGGAAUAGGUCAAAUAAAAAUAGUGUUUUAAGGUAACUCCCUAAAACCAUCUGUUGUGUAAACACUUCUGCUCUUGUUAGAGUGGAUGAACAUUAAGGUGAAGCCAGUGAUUCACACUGACAUCAGAAAAUGAAAACUUUAUCACUGCUUGGCUUUUAAUGGGUCAAUGAUUAAGAAAAAACAUUCAUCACAAAUAGUUUGUCUGAAAAAUCCAUGCGGGAACAGUGUGAACUUUUGUGUCAAACAAUCUUCAAUAUUUAACUGUUUAGUUAUUUCAACUUUUUUUCAAAUGAAACUUGCAGUUAAAGCAAGUCUGUUAGCAAAUGAAGAUAUGCACUUUAACAAGUUCGUGGAAGAGAGGUUACACUUUUUGUGACAGUGUUUUGUACCUUUUGUGGUAGUUUUGUUCUUUUGCAUAAACCCAUCAAGUCAUGUUACAACAUGCAGGUUUAGAGGGCAGUGAACGACAGCUCUGCACCCAUUUCACAUUAGAUAAACCUACAUGGUACGGGAAUUUAUCAAGCUUAUAAAAAUUGUGUUGCACAGUUCAAUAAAAAUGCUGACAGAAAUCAUUGCAUCAAGUAGAGCUGGCGCUCUGACAAACAAGCUGACUUUGUAAAAAAAUGCAAGCAUAAUCAUCUCCAGAGUUUGAGGAGGAAGACCAAAGUGCUCGUUCAAUUGUUAUUGUCUUUGCUGGGAAAAGAAUGUCUAGCAUAAUGCUUUAAAUCUUUGUGUGUGUGUUUUUUUUGUUUGCUUUGUGUUCUUUUAUUGAGAUGUUUUUCCUCACAUUCACUGGCUAAGUUAAGACACGUUUUAUUUUUAUGUUUGUGAAGGAUCAAGGUGUCUGAAACAUAUGCAAGUGAAUCUAGAUAAGACUUGUUGUGAUGCUGUUUUUCAAAUAGUUUCAUAGUUGUUUUACGUGAAAUGCUCUGUCAACAAUUUAAACUUUUUGUAAGAAAAAAAAAUAAAGAAUGCUAUAUCUGACAAAAAAAA